AGGCCGAAGUCCUGAAAGCAGAUAUGACAGAUUCCAAGCCUGGCACAGCGGAGGUGUGGACAUCACGUCAAGCUCUACAGGACUUGUAUCAGAAGAUGUUGGUGACAGACCUUGAGUAUGCACUGGACAAGAAGGUGGAACAGGACCUUUGGAAUCACGCCUUCAAGAACCAGAUCACAACACUGCAGGGGCAGGCCAAAAACCGGGCAAACCCAAAUCGUAGUGAGGUGCAAGCUAAUUUGUCACUAUUCUUAGAGGCAGCUAGUGGAUUCUAUACACAGCUUCUGCAGGAGUUGUGCACUGUGUUUAAUGUGGAUUUGCCAUGCCGUGUGAGAUCCUCCCAGCUGGGGAUUAUCAGCAAUAAGCAGAUGCACUGUGGGACAGUGGUGAAACCGCAAUCCAGUUCCUGUGCCUAUAUUUGCCAGCACUGCCUGGUUCACCUUGGGGACAUCGCUCGCUAUAGGAAUCAAACAAGCCAGGCCGAAUCCUAUUAUAGACAUGCUGCUCAACUUGUCCCUUCCAAUGGUCAACCAUAUAAUCAGCUGGCUAUUCUCGCCUCUUCAAAGGGGGAUCAUCUGACCACUAUUUUUUACUACUGCCGCAGCAUUGCUGUUAAAUUUCCUUUCCCAGCAGCCUCCACCAACCUACAAAAGGCUUUAUCUAAAGCUUUGGAGAGUCGUGAGGAGGUGAAAAAACGCUGGGGUGUCCCGGAUUUUAUCAAGGCCUUCAUUAAGUUCCAUGGACACUUGUAUUUAACAAAGAGCCUGGACAGACUGAGCCAUUUGAGAGAACAACUGGAGGAGCAGUUCAAGAAUAUGCUCUUUCAAAAAGCUUUUAAUUCCCAGCAGUUGGUUCACAUCACAGUGAUAAACCUAUUCCAGCUGCACCAUCUACGUAGUUUUGGCACUGAGGUGGAGCAGCAGAGCUUUAGCUCAGAAGAGGACCUGUGCUGGUCUCAGCUUCUGGCUCUCUUCAUGUCGUUCCUGGGCGUCCUUUGCAGAUGCCGCUUAAAGACCCUUCACUGUGACGAAACAACCUGUGCCGAUCCCCUUCCUGCUAUCAAGGUGUCGCUGGACUGGAUGAAGCUGCGUCCCAGUGUAUUCCAGGAGACCGAUGUGGAAGAAAGAAAAUAUGUGUGGCCGUGGCUGAUUUCUCUGCUAAACAGCUUUCAUGUGCUAGAGGAAGACCUGGCUGGUGCCAACUUGUUGCCGCUUCCAGAGGAGUUCGAGCUUCAGGGAUUCCUAGCUCUCCGACCAGCUUUCAGAAACCUAGAUUUCUCUAGAGGUCAUCAAGCCAUUAUUGGAGACCGGGAGACGCAGCACCGUCGCCUGCGACCAAUUCGUCUUGUGUCAUUAGGAAAAUGGAUCUCUGAGAGCCAGCCUCGGCUGAUUCAAUAUCAUACUAUCCAAGGGGAAGUGUCCUUCUUCACAGAUAUCCCCGAAGUGAUGAUUGAAGAUGGAGAUGAGGCUGAGGACAGGUCCUCUCCACUGGAGGCCACACAAGCAGAGACUCAAAAAAGUGAAGGGAGCCCUGGUUUAAAAUCUGUACUUUCCAGUGGACGCAGCCCUAGCUGUGAAACAUCUGAGAAGCCAGUGGUUACUUUCAAAGAAAACAUUAAACCACAAGAGGUAAACCGAGAAGUGCCAGCACGGAGUUAUACCAGAACAUUGAAUGCUGGUAAGGAGCAGAGAGAUUAUAACAAAGGGAUGAAUACUGCAGUUAGCAAGAAGGAUAAUAACGGCAAAAGGAAGACUGAAAUCAAGAAGCCUGGUGCUGACAAAAUCCAAGAACCUGCAAAGCAGAGUAUUGCUGUACAGGUGAAAACACCAGUAACUGAGGCAAGGAAAACAUCGGUGACCCCAACAUCGAGUCCAAGCACCAACACCCAGUUCAUACCUAUUCACCAUCCUGGCGCUUUCCCACCUCUGCCUAGCCGGCCAGGUUUUCCCCCUCCUGCCUAUGUCAUCCCACCUCCCGUAGCAUUCUCCAUCGGCUCUGGUUAUACUUUUCCUGCUGGUGUCAAUGUUCCAGGAUCUUUUUUGCAGCCCUCAUCUCAUUCAGCAGCUGGAAGUCAGGGCCCUCCUGGGAAACAGUCCCACAUUCCUUAUAGUCAGCAGCGUCCCUCUGGCCCAGGGACACCUAACCAGGGUGCUAUUGGCAACCAGCUACCUGGCCAAACACAGUCGCAGGCUCCGUCCAAUUCUCCAACUCAAUCCAGCGCACAAACGGCAGCACAGCUACAGCUUGUAUUGGCUCAGCAGCAGCAACAAUCGCCAACUAAACCUAUACAGUCACUUGGCAAGAACCCGCAGCAUCAUCCUUCUCUCCAGCAGUACCAGCAGGUAGCAGACAAAUCCAAGCAGCUAUGGAGCUCUCCUCAAGUCUCCAACUCACUGGGAAAGCUACUGCCGCCCAUGAAACAAACUUAUUUCAUGGAUGGUCGCCUGCCGGCCGAGCCUCUGAGCAUGUUGGAGCAGUGCAUACAGCACCCAGUCAUGCAGCAGCCUCUGGAGAAAAAGAUGAAGCCUUUCCCAAUGGAUGCCUACAACCAGAACACUUCUGAAAUGAAGAUGUCAGACUUCUACUGGGGGGACCAAACAUCCUACAACUUAAAUGACAACCGGGCUCUUUUGGCACAGCAAUCUGUUAAUAACCAAAGGUGCAAGCGCCAGCCUACCGCCUAUCGCUCAGGCCAGGACUCCAUGAAUAGAAUGCCCUUUGAGGAACCGAAGCGUUCCCCUCUCCUGCCCCCGGACCUGUUAAAGAGUCUGGCUGCUCUAGAGGAGGAGGAAGAGCUGGCAUUCUCCCCUCCUCCUGAUCUUUACCCAGCUCUGCUCGGCCCCCUGGCCACUCUCCCUGGACGAAGCCUCUUUAAGUCUCUUCUGGAAAAGCCAUCUGAGCUGAUAUCCCAGCCCCCCUCUUUCCUCUCGCUCACUGGAUUUUCACUGAGCCAGGAAAGGUUCCCAAGUAACAGUGUGUUCAAUGAGGUCUACGGCAAGUCAGCAUGCGGUAGCACAAAGCCUGAGGCCUGUCCAGCCAUUGGGCAGCAGGAGACCUCUCUCUACUCUCUGUUUGAGGGUAAACCAUGGUCCCCUUCUCUUCCAGCAAGCUCAGAUCACUCUACACCAGCCAGCCAGUCGCCUCACUCCUCAAACCCAAGCAGUCUGCCUAGCUCGCCACCCACCCACAACCACGCUGCCCAACCUUUCUCAAACUUUGGGCCCAUUGGAACACCAGACAGCCGAGAUCGCCGUGGUGCAGACCGAUGGAAGACUGACAAACCAGCAAUGGGUGGCUUUGGUUUGGAUUACCUGUCUGUGACCACCUCUUCAGAGAACAGCUGGCGGCACAUAAAUAAUUCCAGCAGUGCUAAUGCUUGGGCAGCUCAAGGCAACCCAAGAGAGGACUCUUCUGCUGCGCUCAUGGAGAGCUUGAAGUCCAUUUGGUCAACCACAAUGAUGCACCCUGGUCCAUCAGCCCUGGAGCAGCUCUUGAUGCAGCAGAAGGAGAAGCAGCAAAGAGGCCAGGGAUCACUGAACCCUCCGCAUUGAGAGAGAAGGGGAGCAACAUGACAUGACUGGUCAGCAGCACAGGACAGGAUGUGUCCUGAGCCCUGAGGAGGGCAGCCCUCUCUCCCCCCCUCACCGAUCUGGGGGGGAGCAUGUGUGGGGGAGCGUCCAGCGUAUCCCACCAAAUCUGAAAACCCCCAGCCCCGCAGGCGACGAAGUUACCUGACGGACCACAGCAGGAAGUUCCCAUCCAGAGGGAGCUCGGGACUUCUUGAGUUUGGGGGGGAAAAGGGGUAACGUGCCCCCACAUUUCUCGUUAUUUGUGCAUGCCGCUCACUGCACCCCCCAAGCCUCUGCCUAACACAUGGAUAGUAAAUAUCCCCCAGCAGUGCAAGGCAGGCGGGGGAAGUAAGAACCCUCCCCUCAGCAUCUGAGUUGUAAUGAGUUUUUCUAUGGUUCUGUUUGUAGGUGGUGGGUGCACAAGGAACACCCCCAUAUCCAAUUUACAGCCGAAUGUCAGGAACUCUCUCCAUUAGAGGAGGAGGUGGUACCGGUCCCCUCACAACCACCAGCUUGUGCUGGCUGAGGGAGAUAUGAUUGACUGGGUGGCUUUUGUUCUCUUCCCUUUUGGGAAAAUGGGUGAGGGGUUGAGUGUCUGUCGUGGUUAUGGAUGCCUGCUUGUUCCCAUUGAGUGUCCUUAAUCUGCUUCGGUGUCUGUCUUACCCUGCCUGCUUAUUUGUCGUGUGUGUUUGUGCGAGUGCGCGCUCAAUGUCCCCCUACCCCACCCCCACCCCUAAAUCUGUGUAUUGCAGGAUGGGUGCUGGCAUAUUAGGGGAGUUGCUUUUAUGAUGGGACAGAAUUUAGAGAUAAGUACAGACUGGCUCUAGAGCCUGAACAUUGUUACAGCUAGACUGCAGCUGUAAUUCCCCCUUCACCCUCUUACCCUGCCUCUUUGGGAAGUCCAUUCCGUCUGGCAGAAGGGAAAGGCAUCGGAUCAAGGUGCAAUACUUCGGUACAAGUGCCAGAGCUCAUAGCACAAUACAAGUACAGGAAUUUCUGUCCUCUCACUGCUCCAGCAACAUGGAGCGCUUUGCACACAAGCAGCCAGAGCUGGGGUGUGAUUAGUGAGCGAGAGGAACACACGGUCAGGUACAUGUAUAGGGAGUAAAUGAGCGAUCACCCUCCCAUGUAAAUCUGGAAGGAAGGCGACGCAAGGCUCUUCUACUCAAAGCUGUCAAAACAGGUCCCCCUUAUGUGUAUGUGUGUUUCCGUGUAUGCCAAGGGCACCACCUGGUGCCCCAGCACAUUUAGCACUUCGUACAUUGAACGUACACAUUACACACUGUUUGGGGCCAGACAUCUUGUGCAUAAUUUAGGAUUCUCUUGGAGGAAACCAGUUCUGUGUGACUGGGAAUAAAAAUGAAGGUGGUGAGGUGCCCUUUUGGCCAUCCUUCCUUUAGCAGGAUCUAGAGAGAGUGCAGACUCCCAUCACUCACCUUUUCCUUGUGUUCUUGUGUGAGCACCGUCUGCUCGGAACUGCUUUACCAUUAAUAAACUCAUGUUCUCUACAGCUACA